UUUUCAGAACUCUGCUUUCAAGUACAUCUCUUUUCUUAAAUGGCCAAAUCUCAGAGCAUGUGCACAGUGAGGAACUUGCUUGUGCUUUCUCUGGCGCUCAAUCUGAGCUUGAUUAUGAGGGUUUACUUUGACGGUGAGAAACAGGGGCUCUUCUUCUCUGUGGAGAACCAGAAGCAGAGAGGUCCAUCAAUUGCUCUAGACAAGGAAGCUCACGCAACCCAAAGGACUCUUCGGUCACUUUCUUUGUCAGGUCAAGAAGGCAUGGAAAAAGUUAUCAACCUCGACCACGGUGAUCCAACUAUGUACGAAAAGUACUGGAUGAUGAUGGGUGAGAGAACAACAGUCGUGAUUCCUGGGUGGCACUCCAUGAGCUAUUUCUCUGAUAUUAAAAAUCUUUGCUGGUUUUUGGAGCCCGAGUUUGCCAAGCAGGUUUUCAGAUUACACAAAGCCGUGGGCAAUGCCAUCACUGAAGGACGUCACAUUGUGGUUGGGACAGGCUCAUCUCAGCUCAUUUUAGCUGCGCUUUUCGCCCUUUCUCCCACAGAUGGAUCUGAGCCAAUGAGUGUGGUCUCUACAGCUCCAUAUUACUCGUCAUACCCCUUGAUGACUAACUACCUCAAGUCGGGCCUGUACAACUGGGCUGGAGAUGCCAGAAGUUUUAACAAAGAAGGCCCGUACAUUGAGUUAGUCACCUCACCGAACAACCCUGAUGGAUUUGUCAGGCACUCAAUGGUGAAUCGGAUUGGAGGUAUAUUGGUCCAUGAUUUGGCUUACUACUGGCCACAUUAUACCCCCAUUUCCUCACCUGCAGAUCAUGAUAUUACAUUGUUCACUGUCUCUAAAGCCACUGGCCAUGCCGGGACACGAAUUGGGUGGGCUCUAGUGAAAGAUGAAGAAGUUGCAAAGAAAAUGAUCAAAUUCAUAGAGCUCAACACCAUUGGCGUUUCGAGGGAUUCACAGCUCCGAGCCGCCAAGAUCUUGGAAGUGAUGACCAACACCACUGAGAAAAAUGGCAGUUUGGAUUCAGGGGAAUCCUUCUUUGAGGUCAGCUACCACCUCAUGGCAGAGAGGUGGCGGCUGCUUCGAGCAGCGGUGAAUGGUGGCAGAAUGUUUAGUCUGCCUGAGUUUGCACCAGGGUUCUGCUCCUUCCUUCAACAGGAGACGCAGCCUCAACCUGCUUUCGCGUGGCUGAAGUGUGAAGAUGAUGCAGUGGACGACUGCGAAAGCUUCCUGAGAGGGCACAAGAUUUUAACACGAGGAGGAAGACACUUUGGGGUUGGCCUAAAGUAUGUCCGCAUAAGCAUGCUGGAUAGGGACAUAAACUUCAGUUUGUUUCUGAAGCGAUUGUCCAAAAUCCAGUCAUAACAUCAUGACUGAGGGCUCCUUACUAAUUCUUAUGCCCAAGUUAGGAGAGGCUACACUGGUGUAAGGGGACACUGACUAAGGAGAAGGGAGUGUGAUCAGUUGGUUCAUAUGUAGAAUAGUAAUAGAAAAGUACUGAAAUUUGUACUCAUCAAUUUGAUCGUAUGGUGUUUUAUAAAUGAAAUAUACAGGGGUCCAGAUCCAACCAUAUUCAUUAAAA